AUGCCUGGUAUCGCCGGAGGUGGCCAAAGCGCUGCAAAGGCUGCGCCAAUGAAGCCACCUUCUGCACCUGUUCGACAGGCUCAGUCAUUCAUCCUUUCUGACCCCUCGGCCUUUAUGUCGGCAGUGAAAGGUCCAUCCAAGAAAGCAGACCAGUCAAACAACAACGUGCCGGUUCCGCAUGUCAAUGUUGGCCAUGACACUCCCACACCACCACCAGCCGCGGCUGCUCAAGAGAACGUACAUCCAAAAUUAUCCGAUCCCUCCAUUCGAUGCGUCCCUGUCGAGGAGUUUUCUUUCCCUGCCAAUGCUGCUUUGGCGCCUGGCGAUGUGGCGACCCAUACUGAUGGCGAUCCUAGCCCCAUGACGAUGUCUGAUUUCUCGGCCUCGACAGACAUGCAUGAGCAAGCACCAGUCCAGACCGAAUCCCAUGGCAGAGACCUGAUCGGCCUUGGUAUCGGCAACGUGGAGUUGCAAGCAGCGGCCACACUCCUAGACGUGCACCAAUCUUCGAACGCUACUGCACAGGUGGCUGGCCUGUCACCCACGGGAAGCAUCAUGGAUUCGCCAAUUCCUGACGAUGUCAGGAGUGAUGUUUUGCCUGCUCAACCAGGUAACAUCAUCGAAUUCGCUGGACGGAAGUACGUUUCUCUGGACGAGCUGUUGGCACUCCGCGAAGCCAUUGAGAGGCAUCUCAGUACCACCGUGACAACCGAAGUCCUCGCCGCUCGGUCUGUUGAGAAACCGACUGAGCCUGUCGACGCGCCAGUUGCACAGCCCAAUGCGGCGUCCUCGACAACUUCUUCCUCAACCGCCACGAAGGUCAUUCCAGCACGUCAUGUCAAUCCUUUUUUGCCGCGUGAAGUAGUGAGCCACGAUCGCGCGAACACCACUUUGACCACUGCUCUUCCGGCUGAUAUUAAGAAAGAAAUUGCAGUUACAAAGCCUACGACUGCCCCAACCACUACUGGCACCAAGCCAUUCACAUCGAAGACCACGAUCAGCUCGAAGUGGGGAGCCGAACCAUCAGAUCAGCCAGUUCGUUUCAAUGCCUUUGCCUCCAACACUACCGUCAAGUCCAAGUGGGGUGACGACCCGGCCCCUCAACCAGCUCCUGUUCCUAUCAUGCCUGUCCGUACUCGAUCCCCCAUCAUCGGCGACCGCAAAGUCUAUGGAGCCAAUGGCCCCGAGUACGGCCCUCCCCCACCGCAGGCGGCGCAGCCGCGCAAGUUUCAUGAGCCCGGUCCAGGCUUUUAUGCGCUGGUGCAGAGUUACGCGAACAUGAACCUUGGCAAUGGUACGAGCGAGCCUGACAAACGUUGA